AUGGAAGGACGAUAUCCAUAUUAUUCUCCGCCCGGAUCUUUUCCUGUCGACUUCAGGUACUACAACCAUCCCCAGGUUCGACCAGACUUGCAACUGCCAGGGCCUAGCGGUGUUUUGGCAGUCGGAGACCCAGCUAGCCGAUCCACCAGCCCAACAACAACAUCGAGCAAUAGCCCGAGUGGUUCGACCGACGGAACUGUGAACGAUGCCCUAGAUGUGGAAGCGGAAGAUGCUGCUCAGUCCAAUAGAAAGCAGUACGAUAAAUGGACAAACGAAGAGGAGAAAGCACUUAUAAACCUUUGGACUGAUCGACAUGAGCGUUUGGAAAGCAAAGACGCGCGGAAGAUUUGGGAAGAAAUUGCGCGGGAGAUUAAUCGAAGGUUUGGUACCAUUCGCUCUGGAGAGAAAUGCCAGAAGAAAAUGAAAUAUCUCAUCGAGAGAUACAAAAAGGCCAAGGAUUGGAACAGUCAUCAGACGGGUGGACACAGAUGGAAAACUGUCUUCUACGAUGAAAUAGAUGCUGUUCUUGGAUGCAGGGACGUUGUUACGUUACGUAACGUAGCCGAAGCGGGAGCGAGUGCAUCAACUUCUGCCGCCAAGUCCGACGCAACCGAGUCCAAGGACAACGAGUUACUAGGACAAGACACAAGCCCAGAAGCUCGAACGGAGCGUAAAAAGAAACGUAAAAGAGCUAGACCUCAAGAAGGCGAUGAAGAGGGAGACCUGAUUAAAGCGUCCUUGGUAGGAAUGGAGAAACAGCGAAAGGAAAUGAACACAAUGAUGGAAAACUGUCGAAAGUACUCCUCUGGAAUUGCCGGGUCGUUAUAA